UUUAUCGAAAUUCUUAAAAACAAAAAUCGUUGCUGAAAGGACGAUUGAGCGUGUAGUAUCAGGUUUAUGUUCUCUGCGGUAGCAUUGCGACCUUGCGGCCGCCUUACGAAGGUGCAUCGCGCGUGUUCGUGUUUGUUGGUCCAAUAUCCAAUAUUGUUUGGUCUGGAUUUUAACCACUACUCAUUUUUUUUAUCGUUCUAACAUUUCAAUGCCCUUAAACAUGUUUCCACUGUAAUCACCAAGCUUUUUUAAACAUCAUUGACCAAAGUGUUGUCGUACGAUGGCACCAACGAUACAAACAAAUGGCAAUUCCGACAGAGAUAAACGAACGACGAGACCCGCGGAAAAAAGAUCGGAAUUGAUAUGUCGGGUGAAAUACUGCAAUACUCUGCCGGAUAUACCAUUCGAUCCGAAAUUCAUAACCUAUCCAUUUGACUCAACCAGAUUUAUUCAAUACAAUCCAACAUCCCUAGAGCGGAAUUACAAAUAUGAAGUGCUCACUGAGCACGAUUUGGGAGUAGAAAUUGAUCUAAUAAAUAGGGACACUUAUGCAGGCGAUCUUAACACGCAGUUGGAUCCUGCGGAUGAAAAACUUCUUGAAGAAGAUAUUGCGACGCCACAGGAUACAAAGAGAUCAAGACAUCAUGCUCGAAGUGUUUCCUGGCUCCGGCGUACCGAGUACAUUUCGACAGAACAAACCAGAUUCCAGCCUCAAACGCAAGACAAAGUUGAGGCAAAAGUUGGCUACAGUAUCAAAAAGAACUUCAAGGAAGAAACAUUGUAUAUGGAUCGUGAUAGUCAGAUCAAGGCUAUUGAAAAAACGUUUGAGGAUAACAAAGUACCCAUUGAAAAACACUACAGCAAGCCGGGUGUUGUACCUGUUGAAAUCUUACCAAUAUAUCCUGACUUCAAGCUCUGGAAAUACCCUUGUGCCCAAGUUAUAUUCGAUUCGGACCCUGCACCCACAGGUCGGUCUGUCCCAGCGCAGAUAGAAGAAAUGUCUCAAGCUAUGAUUCGCGGUGUUAUGGACGAGAGCGGUGAACAAUUCGUCGCGUACUUCUUGCCGCUUGAAGAAACUAUGGAGAAACGACGACGCGAUUUCACCGCCGGAAUUGAUUACGCAGACGAGGAGGAGUACGAUUACAAAAUGGCACGUGAAUACAAUUGGAACGUCAAGAGCAAAGCGUCCAAGGGCUACGAAGAGAAUUACUUCCUCGUUAUGCGACAAGAUGGUGUUUAUUACAACGAAUUGGAAACUCGUGUGCGGUUGAGCAAACGUCGUCAGAAAGCCGGUCAACAACCGAACAAUACGAGACUGGUUGUGCGCCACAGACCUCUGAAUGCGAACGAAUUUCGAGUACAGCGAUAUCGUGAAAAACAACUUGAACCGCCGAACGAGGACGACGAGGAAGAGGAGGAGGAAGAGGAGGACGAGGACGAAGAGGAGACUCAAGUGGAAGCGGAGAAGAACGAGGACAAAGCCGCCUCGGACAACGAAGCUGGUUCACGAGCAUCCUCACGGGCAUCGUCUCGCGCAUCAAGCAAAAAAUCCGGUUCGAAAUCGCGUUCACGAUCGAAAUCGAGAUCUCGCUCAAAAUCGCGCUCACGAUCGCGAUCGAAGUCUCAAUCUCGUUCGCGUUCUCAUUCUCGAUCUCGGUCUAGGUCUAAAUCUCAAUCACCGGGACGACGCAGCGGGUCCCGUUCUCGUUCGGGCUCAGCACAGUCGAGGUCCUCGUCAAAGUCAGGUUCGCGUUCGCGUUCCGCUUCACCAGCAAAGUCUCGAUCCCAAUCCAAAUCACGCUCGCCCUCAAGAUCUCGCUCCAGAUCGAAAUCACGCUCCAGAUCACGCUCGAGGUCGAGGUCAAGAUCGGCCAGUGGUAGCGGUAGCGGAAGUGCCGGCGGCAGUGCCAAUGCGAGCAGCGACAGUGGGUCGGAAAGCGAGUGAGACCGGAAUUAAGAUUCCAAUCGUUUCACUUCGCAGCGAAAUUGACGCGACUUUUGUCACCGUCUACUCUCCCAAAUAUUCUCAUGCACUCUAUGAAAAGUCGUGCUCUACGAUGUUUGCUCUUCGAACUUCGUGUGCGAAAUAUAUAAAAUUAUCACAGUUGAGAAAAGCAAAGUUCAAUGUGUGAUAUCAAGUUUUUGUUUGAAAAAGCUUCAUGGCAUUGGAAAUGUUAAUACGUCACCAUUUUGCCAUUUUUCUUUGAUUUCAUCUUUUUUUUUCUAUUGUUUGCGAGACACGCGUUUCAGUAAACGGAAUGAAAGCGACUUGAGCGAAUGUUCAUCAAAAUAGUGUAAAUAAACAUGGAACGUAUA